UAUCGAAACCCAUGGUGCAAGAUGGGCAUAGAGAAUUUCGAUGUGUGGCUUGGGCAUUUGGACCUUGUAUUGAAGUUGUUCCUCACAUUCGACCUGUAAUAAGUGUGGAUGCUUCAUUUCUACCGGGAAGGUACAAGGGAAGGUUGCUAAUGGCUUGUGGAUAUGACGCUAAUUACCAACUAAUACCUCUUGCAUUUGCCAUUGUGGAGAAAGAGGAUGCAUCAAACUGGGGCCGGUUCAUGAGAUGGCUUCGGAGGGAGGUAAUUGGUGUUGGAAAGUUCGUGUGUGUCAUUUCAGAUCGCCACAAAGCAAUCAAAUGGGUGUUUAAGCAGCCACACAUUGGUUGGAACGAGGAUGCUGGAAGACAAAAAUGAGAAAGAACAACCUGAAAAAGUAUUUCAAUGCAUGGAUGGGGGUUACCGUUGGGGGAUCAUGACCAGCAAUGGGUCCGAGUCCUUAAACAAUGUGUUUAGGCUUUCCCUAAGGCUCCCAGUGGCAGCGAUUGUGGAUGAAACAUUUUCAAAGUGUUUGGAGUGGUUUGUGGAAAUAAGGCGAAGUGCUCUUAACUUGGUUGAUGAUGGAAAGCAAUGGUCCGAACGGGUGGACAAACUUUUGGUGAAAAGGGGUGACAGGGCAGGACAUAUGCAUGUUAUUUCAUAUGGCGAUGAAGUUAGAAUAUUUGAGGUCAAGGUUGAUCACGAGAGGGUUCCAUUACGCCAUGGAGAUCAUGUUGUUUUUAUUCAUAAAGGCUUCGAGUACAGGGUCAUUUUGCGACCAAAUAAUGCUCCAUCUUGUGAAUGCCUAAAGCCGAACCUAACUGGCGUGCCAUGUGCUCAUGUGCUUGCUGUUUGCAAGUAUCGGAAUCUGAAUGAAAAUGAAAUAGUACACUCGUAUUACUCUUCUCAAGUGCUUGCAAAUACUUGGGCUGGGCAAUUUCAUCCAUAUGGUAACCAAAAUGAGUGGCCAACAUAUAAUGGACCUACUAUUGUUCCCGAUGAGAAGUUAGUAAACCGUGGGCAUCGUCAGCACAAAAGGAUCCCCAUGUACAUGGAUGAAAUGCAAGGAAGGCGAAUGGGGCACCAGGCCGGACGUUCCACAAGAGACAAUAAUCAAAUAGGCACAUCAUCUAGUCAAGGACAGAUCUCAUUGUCGAUUCAAUGAAAGAGGUUGAGUCAAGGGAAGAGCACAUCAUCCAUAGGAAAGAGGUUGAGUCAAAUGAAGAGCAUAGAAUCUAAAAGGAAGAGAUCAAAUAAAGAGAAGACCACAUCAUCUAGUCGAAAUUCUGACACUAGGAGUACCAUCUGAUGAGUAGUAUUCUGGGAAAUUUUCAUUAAAUUUGAAUUCAAACAUCGACAGAGUCGUCCAUUGUUCGUUCAGCCAAAAAUUGGCUAAAAUUUUGAACUAAAAAUAAAA